AUGAACGCCGACGACAGUGUCGUUGUUGUCGUGCUGUAUUACAAGUACGUGCAAAUCUGCGAGACGCUCGACGCGUUGGAAGCCUUUGCUCGCGAGCAUCGCCACUUGUGCGCGUCGUUGGGGCUCACUGGUCGCGUGCGCCUCGCGCUCGAAGGGAUCAAUGGAACGCUCGGGGGCACUUCUUUGAACGUCCAGCGCUACGUCGAGUACAUGCAGACGCAACGUUUGUUCACGGACAUUGACUGGAAAACCAGUGCGUCCGCUACCGCGCCGUUUGCCGACCUGCGCGUGCGCGUCGUGGCCGAAAUCGUCGCACUCGAAGUGCCAUCGACGACGUACGACUUGACGCAACGGGGGCACCACUUGAGUCCGGACGAGUUCCGUGCCGAGCAAUUGCAGAGCGACCCGACGUCCAUUGCAGUGAUUGACGUGCGCAACGCGUACGAGGUGCAAGUCGGCCACUUUGCCCAUGCGCUGAACCCCAACACGCGUCGCUUUGGGCAGUUCCCGCAAUGGGCGCAAGACCACUUGCACGUGCUCGAGCAGAAGCAAAAGGUGCUCUUGUACUGCACCGGUGGGAUCCGAUGCGAAAAAGCGUCGGCGUACCUCAAAGGCCUCGGGCUCGCGAACGUUUUCCAGCUCGCCGGUGGGAUCCACCGCUUCCUCGAGCGCUUUCCAGACGGCGGUGGGCUCUUCCAGGGCAAGAACUUUGUCUUUGACCAGCGCGGGACGCUGGCGUCAAGUGACGAGGCCAUCAUUGGCCAAUGUGCGCAGUGUCACGCGCCCCAUGAUACGGUCUCUGGUGUCCGCUGUGCCUACUGUCGCAUGCACGUGUUGCUCUGCGACGCGUGUCGAACGCGUGCCGCAGUAACACAGCAGGACGACGAGUCGCAGCAGCUCGUCGACGUGUUUUGUAACGAGCAUUUGCCAUUGGUCUCGGGGUCGCUCGAAGAGCUCCACGCGCGUGUCGCACUGCUCGAAGAAGAGCUACAGCGUGCACACGGCCGACGGCAAAAGGGCCGCCGUCGCUCGUUACGGAAACAAGUGGACACGGUCACGAAGCGGAUCCAGCGACGACAGCAGGUGCCCGAGACGAUGGCGUGCGUGCGUGAGUGA